UUAAGGAUUAUACCGGUUUCACUUCUUGACAUUGUCUUUUAUUUACCAACUAUUUUGGGAUCAUGGAAAUAUUUUUAAUUGACAUUAAUUAACACGCACGACUAAUUAAUUAUGUUACGUAUAUCAUUUUCAGUACUGGCUACUAACUCAAGCAUUAAAUAAACGAGAGUAUUUCUUUGAAGGAACCAAAUACUACUCUCUCUCUCUCUCUUUCUUUUUUUUCUUUUUCUUUUUUAAUUCAAUUUCAAAAUACUCAUUUUUUUUUCAAUUUCAAAAACCAAACAUUGUUCCAGCUUCUACUAAAUUUUAUAAUCUUGUAGUAGUUUUUGCUUGCAAGUUGAAAGAAAGUGUGAUUCGCGGAGCCAGAGGGCGCAAGGGGUUCAUUCAGACCUCCUUUAGAAAAUUACACUAUAUAUAUAGAUGGUCAAAAUUAUUAUUUAUGUGUAUAAAAUAGAUGUUAUAAAUUUCUUUGUUUCCUCGUGUAUUUACUUAAUUACUUUUUUUUAACUGCCAAAAACACAAGAUCCGAUUUUCACUCUUCUUCACUAUUGCCAUAGACUCGGUACACAAUACUCUCUCUCAGCUCCAAGCAAAAUGUUUCUGCUACCUGCAGAAACGGAUCUAAUAUCAUAUAGCGUUGAGUGUGGCUGCACUAACUACUUCUAAUCCGAAUUAAUAUUAUUAAUACACAUAACAAAAAAUUCUUAUAAUAAAUUAACGUAUAUAUACACAUAUAAUAAUUUUCUCAAAUACCCUUUGCCCAAAUCCUAGAUUAUAAUGAUUUACAACCUUUCUUCUAAUUAUGUCGUGUGUUUAUCUUCAUUUCCUGCGAGAGGACACUUCAUUUUUGUGUAAAUUUGCAGCAGAGAGGAUCAACCCAGUAUAAGAAAAAAGAAAAUAUUGUCUGGAAAACAACUUAUUGCAUUUUCCAUUUGGAUACAUGGCAUUUGUGAAACUUGGCUCCAAAUCCGAGGCCUUCCGUCGUGAAGGCCAAGCUUGGCAUUGCACAUCAGGCCUUCCUAGUGAUGUUACAAUUGAAAUGGGAGAAAUGUCCUUUUAUCUACACAAGGUACACCUCUUUUUUCUUAUCAAUCAUUCUUUAUUCAAAUGUAGUGUUCGUGCAUUAUCUUGUUUGCAUAUUAUCUUGCAGUUUCCACUGAUAUCAAGAAGUGGACUACUAGCAAAGCUAAUUAAAGAAUCAUGCAACGACGACACAUCAGUUUGCGUCCUGCAGCUCAGUGACAUACCGGGUGGUGCUAAAGCAUUUGAGCUAGUAGCCAAAUUCUGUUACGGUGUCAAAAUAGAACUAACUCCUUUAAAUAUAGUGAGUCUUCGGUGUGCAUCGGAGUAUCUGCAAAUGACAGAUGAAUAUGGUGAUGGAAAUCUGAUUGCACAAACAGAAGCCUUUCUUAACGAUGUUUUCGGCAAUUGGACAGAUACCAUAAAAGCUCUGGAAACAUGUGAAGAAGUUUUACCACAUGCUGAAGAGCUUCAUAUUGUGUCUAGAUGCAUAAACUCCUUAGCAAUGAAAGCUUGUACUGAUACAAAGUUAUUUAACUGGCCUGUGUCCGAAAACGGUCACGAGGCUACCACAGGCGCGGAUGUGUGGAAUGGUAUAUGCACCGGAUCGAAUACACAGCCCGUGACCGAUGAUUGGUGGUAUGAAGAUGUGUCGUUCCUUAGCUUACCUUUGUACAAACGGUUGAUUCAGGCGGUUGAAGCCGGAGGAAUGAGGCCGGAAAAUGUAGCGGGUGCCCUUGUGUUUUAUGCCAAGAAAUAUAUUCCCUUGAUGAAUAGACAAGCAAGUUUCAAGGAUGCUACUAGCCACAAUAAAUCAGGAUCAACAAUUUCCACUCCAUCGGAGGCAGACCAAAAGGCACUUUUAGAGGAGAUAAUGGAGUUACUACCAAAUCAGAAAGGAGUAACAGAAACCAGGUUUCUUCUUAGGCUGCUCCGUUCCGCUAUGAUGUUACAGGCGAGUCCAUCCUGCAGGGAAAACUUGGAGAGAAGAGUGGGAUUGCAGUUAGAUCAAUCUGCACUAGAUGACUUGCUAAUACCAAAUAUGGGAUAUUCAGUAGAGACUUUAUAUGACAUAGACUGUUUUCAGAGAAUUCUGGACCAUUUUAUAUCAAUAGACCAGGCUUCUUCUGCACCUUCUCCAUGUAUUAUGGAAGAAAACCAAUCGAUGGAAGGUUCACAUUCCUUGACUUCAUUAACAAGGGUGGCGAAUCUGGUGGAUUCAUAUCUUUCUGAGGUGGCGCCCGAUGUUAAUUUCAAGUUCCCGAAAUUUCAGUCUCUUGCUGCCACAAUCCCAGAUUUUGCAAGGCCACUUUCUGAUGGUAUCUAUCGUGCAAUCGAUAUAUAUUUGAAGGCACAUCCUUGGCUCACAGACUCAGAAAGAGAGCAAAUCUGCAGACUGAUGAAUUGCCAAAAGCUCUCGUUAGAAGCUUGCACACACGCUGCUCAAAACGAAAGGCUACCUCUUAGGGUCAUAGUUCAAGUCUUGUUCUUUGAACAACUUCGGCUACGUACAUCAAUAUCAGGAUGGUUCUUCGUCUCUGAUAAUCUUGACAACUCCCAAACUUCUCUCCGUGGAGGCAACCGUGAAACAAACACUGGAAAUGGCAGAGGAUCAAGUAUCAAUGACAUGAGGGAGCGUGUUGCAGAGCUAGAAAAAGAGUGCAACAACAUGAAACAGGAGUUUAAGAAGGUGGUAAAAACGAAGAAAAAGUGGAACGUGUUUUGUGGAAGAAAAUCUGAGUGUGACUUGAAUUCAGUAAAGCCCUUGAAGCUACAACCUCCACAUGUUAAUGAGCACAAAAAUCACAAGAAUGGAGACUCUAGUUGAAGCUGUACGUAGUUUACUUUGUUUUCUAUGUAUGCUAUGGUUUGCACUCGUUCUAGUGCUUUACAAUUUGUUAA